UCACCUACUAGGAGUGCUUAACAAAAGCCUCCAAGCUGCGGUGCCGCCAUCGCAUCUCCAUCGCCAGAUAAUUCCGACACACGAAUUUCUUCGGUUCCUCCUCGCGCUCCUCCCCUUCCCCGAGCAACCACCAGCAGCAGCGGCGCCAUGGCCACCGCCUCCUCCCUCUUCCUGUCCUCGUCCCCCAUCUCCACCGCGCCGCGAACCCGCAACGGCCCCGCGGCGGCCUGCCCUCCCUCCGCCCGGCCGUCCCUGCGCCUCCGGCAGAGGCCGUCCCCGGCCAUCGCGGCCGCCGUGCAGGCCGAGCACCAGUCCGCCGUGGUCGCGGCGCCGAAGCCGCCCGCGCUCCCGUUCCGCGUCGGACACGGGUUUGACCUCCACCGCCUCGAACCGAACCUCCCGCUCAUCAUCGGCGGCAUCAACAUCCCCCACGACCGUGGCUGCGAGGCCCACUCCGACGGGGACGUGCUGCUGCACUGCGUGGUGGACGCGAUUCUCGGCGCGCUGGGGCUGCCAGACAUCGGGCAGAUCUUCCCAGACUCAGACCCACGGUGGAAGGGUGCCGAUUCUUCCGUGUUCAUGAGGGAAGCUGUGAAAUUGAUGCAUGAAGCAGGCUAUGAGCUGGGCAACCUUGAUGCUACACUGAUCUUACAAAAACCAAAACUCAGUCCAUUCAAGGAGACAAUCCGAUCCAACUUGUGUGACCUACUUGGGGCAGAUCCAUCUGUCGUCAAUCUCAAGGCCAAGACGCACGAGAAGGUUGACAGUCUGGGGGAAAACAGGAGCAUAGCUGCCCAUACUGUAGUUCUUCUGAUGCGGAAGUAGAAAACUGGAAGAGUGGAAGUAGUGAAUUGUAUGAUUGUAUCCUAUUACAGGGAUUGAAUUUUAGUGUGAACAAAAGGCUGUUACGUUAUACCUGUGUAACCUGUCCUUCAGUGAUCUGGUCACUAUGGGGAAUCUCCAUGUCGGUGAAACGAUAAAGCUGAAUGCAAUGAGAAGUUUUCUGUAUUUAGAUUAUGUUU